CAAUGUGGACCUUCAUCGUGGUUUUCGUCCUUCUGACAGCUGAGCACAGAGCAGAGGAGUAUCAGAACACUUUGAGAGGUGUUUUGCAUUAUGUUUCUCCAGAUAAACACGUAGUGUCUCAAGUUAAAAGCCUCUACAGUUCCGUUGAGAAGGAUCGCCAAUGGAAGAUUGAGAGCAUAGAGUUCGGACGGACCUUAAACUGCUCCUGGUCCAGUUUAUACAGCUUACAUGACGCAGAAUUCGGCUUCCAUUGCCCAGCCAAUUCUGUGCUCACUGGCAUGCACAGCUUUUACAAUAGAGUAUUCGGAGACAGAAGCUGGAGUUUCCGCUGCUGCGCUUUUCAAGACUUGAUCACAUUUGAUCGCCGGGAAACCACAAUGGUCAAUUACUGGAGUGAAGACUUCGACUGGCAGCUCCCUGGAGGCCACUUCGUCGCAGGUGUCAGGACCCAAUACAGGAAUGAGGAUGGAGAUCAUCGCUGGAGUUUCAAUUACUGCCAAGGAACAACACAAAAUAUGCCGCUGGUCAGUUCCCAAAUCCUUGCUGCAAACGAACAAAUGUUAGACCUUUUAACAGAAGGAGACGUUGUCCUCCCAAACUCAAGGAAUGCAAGAAUCUGCAGUAGCUGCCUAUGGCCAAAGUCAGGUGAUGUGGUUGAAGUGCCAUAUGUCAUAAAUAGUGCCUUUACCAGCUCAGAGAGGACCACGAUAACCAAUGCUAUGAGUGGCAUUGACAUGGCCACCUGCGUCCGCUUUGUUCCUCUUAGCAGCCAAAACGACUACAUCAGCAUUGUGAAAGACAAUGGAUGUUACUCCUAUGUUGGACGAACAUCUGGGGCUCAACGAGUAUCUCUCAGUACAGGAUGCAUUAAUAAUGGCGUCAUUCAGCAUGAGCUCAUUCACGUGCUCAACUUCUGGCAUGAGCACAGUAGAAGUGACAGGGACGUUUACGUCAGGAUCAACUUUGAAAACAUCAAGGACGACAAGUAUCGCCACAACUUCAACCAUCGUGAAACAAACAACCUGGAUGUUCCAUAUGACUACUCCUCUGUUGUGCAUUAUGGGCCAAGGGCAUUCGCAGAGGAAGGAAAAGACACCAUCACUCCCCUCAUGUCCCCAGUGGAAAUUGGCCAGAGGAUAGGCAUGUCUGAUAGUGACAUCCUGAAAAUCAACAAACUUUACCAGUGCAACAAUUACCUCCAUAGAUUUGGAGAUUGGGACAAUCAGUUGCUAGGCACUAUGACUCGCCAGUGUCCUUUUGGCCAAGCUGUUUCUGAAAUCUCAAGGUGA